AGAGAGAGAGAGAAACACCCAAGCGCACCGGUUUCGGGAUAGAGUUUCCGUGCGUAAGGGAUCCUUUUGGCCACCUUGGAUUCAAUUUCUCCUCCUGCCAAACACUCACGCAAAACCCCUUUGAAUGCUUGAGAUAUUUGUUUUUAACUCAAACCAUCGGACAGACUCAUGGUUUUUGCGCGUAACGCCGCUUGUGAGCGCGCUCCGCGGUCUGUGUUGCGUCCCUCGGGCCGCCAUGGGCUCCUAAAAUGCCUGGACUGUGGAAACGGAUAACGUUCUCCGUGGCCUCGGUGCUGUGUAUCGCCUCCACAGCGCUCCUGGUCGUGGCCUUGGCCUCGGAGCGGUGGGUCACCGGCCGGAUCCUGUGUAAAACCGGAGCGGAGAUCGUAAACGCGUCCGAUCCGGAGCUCGAUCAGUUCAUCGGGGAUAUUUACUACGGCCUGUUCCAGGGACGGAAGACGAAGAAGUGCGGGCUCGGGAAGAGGCGCUCCAAAAUCUACAUCUUUCCAAAGCUGGUGCAGACUUUGAACAGCGGUCUUCAUAUGAUGGUGAUCCUCUUCCUUCUCCUGGCUGUGGGCUUUGCACUGGUCAGUCUGUCGUUUUGUAUUUACAAUGCUCGCAAGGUUCCCUACCAGAGCAUCAAAGGUCACAAAGGACUGUACCUGUGGAACUUCAUCGCUGCUCUGUUUGCAGCCCUCGGUGUGCUGUGUUUCCUGGCAGCCAUGAGGCACCACCAACUGACCGAGCGGGUGGCCAACUAUCGGGAGAACCUCUUCCGCUUUGUCGUCCUGGACGAUGACCUGGACUGGUCUUUCUGGCUGGGCGUGGCCAGCAUUGGUAUGCACUUUGCCAUCUGUGGUGUAGUAGCUAUGAGCCGGAUCAAACUCCCCAAACCAGAGAGGAAGAAACCUAAAGAACCCACCAUCUCUGCUCUGGACCUGCUCUAUUGAACUACCAACCCAGGAGCAUGUUCACGCUAAAGACUGUCAGAGAAAACCGCACUGACUUAUUGAUGGCAGAAUGAAAGUUUAAAGCCAGUGUGGUGCCAGUGAGCCUUUAGAGUUUGCUUUGUAAGUCAAAUGCCUGUGAGGCUCAGUGCAGCCACAGCGAUGGAUUUUCAGUCUGGACUUACUGCUGAAUUGUUUCUCAUCAACAUUUAUAAUCACUGGAGAGUUGAUGAAAUGUUUCAAUUUCUGUUUUAAUCAACAGUUGUACUUGGAUGGAACUGAACAUCCUCUGCUGCAAACUGUCUAUUUAUUCAAGUGAUGUAAAUACAUGAUAAUAUUCUGUUUUACUUUGUCCAUGGAAUGUCACUGACACACAUUUCAAUGAAGU